CCCGUUGGGGCGGGCGGGCGGGUGCGCGCGCGCGCGCCUGUCUCCUCCCCACCCCCACCUGCCCGAGAACGGCGGCACAAUGGCGGCGCCCUUGCAAGUACCGCGGCCUGUCACCCACCUACUCUUUGACAUGGACGGCCUGCUUCUGGACACCGAGCAGCUCUACUCGGCGGUGUUCCAGGAAAUCUGUGGCCGCUACGGCAAGCAGUACACGUGGGCCGUGAAGUCGCUGGUGAUGGGCAAGAAGGCCCUGGAGGCGGCGCAGAUCAUCAUAGACGAGCUGCAGCUGCCCACGGACAAGGAGGCGCUGGUGAGGGAGAGCCAGGCCCGGCUCAGGGACCUGUUUCCCACGGCGGCGCUGUUACCAGGGGUGGAAAGGCUGAUCCGCCACCUGCGCAAGCACGGCGUGCCCAUGGCCGUGGCCACCAGCUCUGGGACCGGCUCCUUCGAGAUGAAGACCCUCAGGCACAAGGAGUUCUUCGGCUUGUUCGACCACAUCGUGCUCGGGGACGACCCCGAGGUGAAGAACGGCAAGCCGGAGCCCGACAUCUUCCUGGCCUGCGCGAAGCGGUUCUCCCCUCCCGCGCCCGUGGAGAAGUGCCUGGUCUUCGAAGACGCUCCCAACGGGGUGGAGGCGGCCCUGGCAGCCGGGAUGCAGGUGGUGAUGGUGCCCGACCGAAACCUGCAGCGAGACCUCAUGGCCAAGGCCACGCUGGUGCUGCGCUCCCUGCACGACUUCCAGCCCGACCUGUUCGGGCUGCCGCCCUUCCCGGUCGAGUGAGAGGCGGGGCCCUGCGGCUGCGGGCGCGCCCCACCCCUCCCCGCCCCGCCCCGCCCCGCCCCCUCCGCGGGCCGCCGUAGCUGCCUCCUCGCCACCCACCUCGGGACUUGUGAACGCCCCCACCGUGCAGAUGAACCUGACCGCGCGUGCACACUGGACUCAGACCCCUGAGCAGGGGCCAGCACUGCCCCCCCCGGGCAGUCACGGCAUGCUUCUGCUCGGGUGGUGCUGCCAGAAUCACGUGCACUGAAUACAUGCAUGCACACACGCGCGCGUACACGCCACUGCACGCGCACACAUGGGUGCGCGCGCGCGUGUGUGUGUGUGUGGGUGUGCACCAACACACAUUCCCGUGCGUGGAGACAGCGUGAACUGACGGCCGUGCGUGCCUUCCCCCGCACCCGGACUGGCGUGCGUGAAGUGUGCGUGCGUGUGUGUGCAUGGUCUGUGCACAUAUGUGUACAGGCGUGUGUGUGUGUGUGCGCACACCCUCUGUACUGCUGCGCCCGGCCCUGCCCGUCACGCUGUGGGUGCUGACAGCCCCGAGGGCUGCUGCUGUUGCUUUCUGGUCCGAGGGGGCAGUUCUGCUUGGUUUCCAAUCCGAGGGGGCAUUCUUUUUGAUUUCCCAUCUGAAGGGACAAUUCUGCUUGAUUUCCAAUCCGAGGGACAAUUCUGCUUGAUUUCCAAUCCGAGGGACAAUUCUGCUUGAUUUCUGAUCUGAGGGGGUAAUUCUGUCUGCUUUCCAAUCCGAGGGGGCAGUUCUGUCUGCUUUCCAAUCCGAGGGGGCAGUUCUGUCUGGUUUCCAAUCCGAGGGGGCAGUUCUGUCUGGUUUCCAGUCCGAGGGGCAAUUCUGUUUGGUCUCUGACCCGAGGGGGCAGUUCUGGUCGGUUUCCAAUCCGCGCACAGGGAUGCACGGUGUAGAUGGGCCCUUGAUGGGUCACUCCCGUGGUCAGCAAACAUGGACUGUGGUUCGGUGCCCGCAGAGCCCCCGCGCGCGCCUGCACUCGCCGGGGCACUGCCCGCCCCGCCCCCUGCCUGUCUCUGUGCGUCCGAGCGCAGUGGUAGCCAGGAUGUCCCGUCCGGGCCCCCCGUCCUCGCUGCACAGCCCCCGGCCUGCAAGCGAGCACCUGUCCCCGUGAGGAGCGUUCCUGCUGCCCACCCGCGCGCUUGGGUGCGGGAGACCUCGCGGUCAGGUGUGACCUGGAGCCGCGCUGCUCAGCGCAUCAGCCGUGGCGCCCUGGCCGCGAACCCCCUUUCUAACGCCGGCUGUGCUGUGACGAAAGGCACGGAGAGGGAAAGUCCCAGCCUCAGGGCUGUGCCCGCCUCUCGCCCUUCUGUCCCGUCCUGUCCUGUCCUUGUCGCGAAGCUGCUGUCCUGCUCUGCGAGGUGCGGGAAGGCCCGGGUCCUGCGUGUGACGGCGCGUGGGGAGGGCGCCUCCUCGCGGACCAGCCCCGCCCACCGAGGCCCCGCCCACCGAGGCCCCGCCCCCUGCACCCCGGGACCCCUCGGGGCCUUCCCUCCCACCGACCCCUCACCUCGCCCUCUGGCUUCCCUCUCCAGGCAGUCUACUUGAAUGCAAUGUUUCACAUGUGUUCACAGUCCGUUUGUACGGAAGUAUGAUUUUUUACCUUAAAAAAAUUAUCCUCUAAUAAAUGUACAAUCUAAGUGUGA